CUGGGGUGCGAGCCAACAGUGGGAGCUCAAGGAAGAGGGGAAAGCAAGCAGGAUCGUCGCUGAAAUGGCCACCAAAGUCGUUGAUCUGGUGUAUUGGCGGAAGUUGAGGAGGACCGGUGUGGUGUUCACAGGUCUGGUGAUGAGUCUGGCCAGUCUGUUCCAGCUCAGCGCCAUCACCGUGAUCUCACACAUCUGUCUGGGUGUCAUGGCUGUCACCUUCACCCUCCGCCUCUACUACAAACUGUUGGAGCUGCUGCGCUGGAACCCCGGGGUUCACCCCUUUGAGUCGUAUCUGAAUCAUGACAGCUCUCUGACAGACAGGGAGACAGUGAUGCUGGUGGAGGAGGUGGUCCUGAUGAUCGCCUUUGCCCUCACAGAAAUUAAACGGCUGAUUUUUAUUGAGAGCGUGAUCGACUCCAUUAAGUUCGUCCUGCUCCUGUAUCUGCUGACUUAUGUUGGGGUCUUUACCAGUGGCCUGACUCUGGUGAUAACUGCCGUGAUCGUUGUUUUCUCCAUUCCUCUGUUGUACAAAAAGAACAAGAUGCGUUUAAGGAGGAUGGUUAGAGCGGUCAAAGCUUUUGUAAAGAAAAUCAAAGACCUUUUCCUCAGUCUGUAUCAUAAGGUGAGACCCUCUUCUGCUCCUGAACCGGCCACAAAACCUGCACCUGCCCCUGCAGCUGCACCGGCUCCCAAACAGAAAGCCAAGGCAAAGUAACUGGUUGGUCAAGUGUUUGAAAGCACCCACGAUUUGGGAUUCGGAAAAUGUUGGAAUGGUUACAUCAUCUGUGGGGCCACUUUGAGAGCCGGCUCAUUUCCAUUUCUCCACCAUGAUGUUCAUUAAUAGGAGCAAGAUAUAAUUGAUCCUGACAGCUGAAACAAAGCUGCCCUUCACUCACAAAGAAAGAGUGGAAGUGUAUGAGGAGAAUAAUUUAAUUUACUGAGAUGCUGUUUGUAGGCAAUGUUUAAUAUAACCAGUUCACACUCACAUACUCUAAGCAGGGGCAGAAUACCACCGUGUGUUUUUUCUUCGAUAACAGGUCUAUUUUUACAGGGAGCUCCAUGUUCCUGUUGAACUGCAGAAUUAUUCAUAAUGAACCACCGAAGCAUUAUUGCUGCUCUCAUUAUUGCUGCUCUCAUUAUGUCUAUGCAGCACCAUGAAUUGUAAACUCGGUAGAAUAAAUCGGACAUGCUGCUAUUAAUUAACAUUAAUGUUUUUUUUGCUUGCUACGUUGGAUAUAUUUUAAAAAGCAACACCUUGCAACUCUUAUGAGAGUUUAAUGAGAAAUAAUGAGGACAUGUCAUAUGCUGUUCAUGCUAAUUGCAUUUAAUCAGGUAGAAACUGACCUGCUGCUGCUCCUGGGGCAGAUUAGUUAUUAAAGAUAUAAAGUGCAGGAACAGAAGAAGUGAGAGCAAUUUAAACUCAGCAGUAAAUUAAAAUUUGACUGAUUUAAGCAUAUAACAGAAGCAUUUUAAAUUAAUUUGCAGAUAGGACAACUUUAUUUCUGCUCUCAUAUUUCACCUCCUCGUUAAAACACUAACAGGCCAACACAUGUUUUGUGUCGGCCUGUGGAUAGAUAUUCACUACUAUUUCAGCUGGGUUCUGCUUUUUACAACGUCCUUAUUGACAACACAAAAUGUCAGUAAACAAGCCCAUUAACAUUUUAAAAGCUGCAUCAAUUAACUUGUGAAUGCUAACUUUUUUGUGCUUCCAGCUGACACAAAACAAUGCAGCAUUAAUUUGGAGUAUGGUUUCUUGCCACGAAAAAUAAUAUUUAUUUUAAUAUUUUAGCUAUCUUUUGUUCCCAAUCGAAACAAUGAACUUGUGGUCAGUAAGCCAAAACAAUAUGCUGAAAGAUAGUAAAAUUCUCUGAAGGGCUAAUUGAAUACUUCUAUGGCUUUGUUACUGGAAGCAACCUUUAAUGUUAACAUAUUGUAGCUGCUUUAAGCUUGCCAAAAUCUUUUUUUUUUAACUUUUUCAAAUACUCCUGAAGAAAUUGUACAUCACCUUGGUUAGUGUUAAGUUGCCUACAUGAGUCUUAAGUUGUACAUAACUAUAACUAGCUAUGACCAGAUACCCUGUUUCAGUUGCAUAAUAGUGUAAACCAGUCGCACUAUAACCUGCCUUAAGAGGACAUUUAAUUAGAUAAAACUACAACAACAACAACAAUUUAAAAAUUAAAGCGAUUUUCACAUUGUCAUUGCAUAAGUCAUUCAACCAGUGGUGCUGCAGGACACCUUGAAAGCUGCUACACAAGAUAUUGUUAACUUGUGUAGCAGUUAGUCAAUAUAUAUGUAUGAUGGAGAUUUGCCUUUAAUGUAUCUCCACUAGUGGCUCUUCAGGUGUGACUGUAAUGGAGGGCUGCAUUGUAGGCCUAUGUGAACAGUUAAACAUGUCUGGACUUUUCCUCCAUAGCCUACUCUUAUUGAUAAAUGUUCCCUCAUUGUGACAUUGUCAUCAAAACUUUUAAAUGCUUUAACUGUGAGACGUGAGAAAGAGUAUAAUUUAAAUUCGGGGUGCACUAUUCCUUUAUUUAUCCCUCACUCUGACCAGUGUACGGUUUUAGCUGCCAAACCUGAGCCUGUAGACUGUGAGCGGUUAGCUACUGUUAGCAUGUCAGAUUAAUGUUGGUGACUAGUGCCCUCUAGUGGUCGGAGUUUCAGAUCUUAAAUCGCAGCUGCAGUCAUACUAACAUGUCUUAAUUAACUGAUGUAAUUUACAAAAUGUCAUUACAAAAUAUGAACCCCAGCCUAAAAAUAGGACUGUGGUAGUUUCAGUAUUUAUUGAAAAAAAAACAAGGUCAACAUUUUCUAUAAAAAUGUAAUUUUCCAAAGCUGUGAGCAGUGUUAGCUGUAACUGAGUUGCAGGAGGGCUUAACCCGAACUGCGUUUUUUAUUUUAAUGUUGCCACUUUUAUCUCUUGUUGUAGAAUGGCUUAUUUCUAUAGGUAUUUCAUAUUUUGUAUUGUAAUUUCCUAUUGUUAUGUUGCUCCCCAAUAAAAAGUUGUUUAGUAAAAAUGCA